AAGAGCGAAGACCCGAAGUCGGUUGUUGAUUUGGAAAAAAAAAAUUAACCAUGCCUAAUCCAUGAACUUGCAAAUGCUGUUUUUUUUCCCCAACUCGUGCAUCGUUCACGCAGAGGCCAAUCGAGGGUGUUACCCCCUUGGCUGGUGUGACCCCAGGGCCGCCUCCAGCCUCCCAGGGAGGGCCCUGAUUGGCUGAACCUGUAUCCACAGCUCUUGGGGAGAAAAUGGCUGCUACCAUCCACAGCUGAAGAGCUAAGCCCUUGUCUUUUUUCCCCUCCUCCCACCCCCUAAACAUCACUGUUCAUUGCUUUGUUGUGAACUGUGAUUUCUCCCAAACGAUUCCAAUUAGAGUACUAUGGCAAUGCAUGAUAUGAGCCGUGCCAAGGGUUUCCCCUGUAAAGAGUGUGAUAUGGUUUGCCCGAGUACACCUAGUCUUCUAGAGCAUAUGAAAGCACAUUACCAGCAAGAAGAAACUGGACGUUUUGAGUGUGAACAGUGUGGCCGAAUCUACAAACACGCAGGAAGUUUAGCUAAUCACAAGAAAUCUCAUGAAGUAGGUUCUUUCCAGUGUCCUGUUUGUACCCGUACCCUGCCCAAUGCAGUUGCCCUAAAAAACCACCUACGUAUCCAUACCUUGUCUCCCAGUAGUGCACAGACCGAAGAAGAGAGCGAAGAAGUAGUUGAAGACGGGGGCCACGACGAGAGGGACUACGGUCUAGCCACAGACCUCUCAGACGGCUUUGGGCGCUCUCAUUUGAAUAACAGUGGCAUGGGACAUAGUGUCCUGCAGAGCCACGAGACAGACGACCACGGGAAAAAAGCCUCCCCCGGAUCUGACGACGCCUGGGACCGGCCAUUCAAGUGCGACCUGUGUGACAGGACCUACCGACACCACGGUAGUCUGGUGAAUCACAAGAAGUGCCACCAGCAAGGAACAUUCAAGUGCUCAGUGUGUUUCAAACAGUUCAGCAACCUGGCGGCUCUAAACGGCCACGAACGGACCCACUCCAAGUUCAAGACCCCCGGCGCCUCCAUGGUGAGCAGUAGCAGCAGUAGCAGCAGCCUCCAUGACUCGGAGCGCGGCAGCGGAACCCAGCCGUCCCAAAAUGAUGAUGCAGCCUCCUGCUUUUGCCACCUGUGCCAGGUGGCACUUCCAAACAAGGCAGACUUCCAGGAGCACAUCCUGCUGCACAAUGCAGCGUCGUCCUCUCUUGGACUGUCCCGCAGCUUCCCUGGCAUCAUGCCCCACAACUUGAGCGCCGUCCGCUCUCCAGCGUACACCCCUGCCCUUGGGGACCCCCUGCCCCUGCCGCCGCUGCCUAGUGAAAAGCGAGGCCCUUAUGAUCCCAUAAUGGGUCCUGCUGUAAAUAAUCCCAUAUACACGUGCGCGUACUGUGGAGCUGGCCACCCAGAUCUAGAGAGCUUAAAGGUCCACUACUUGACCCAUGACCCUCACCCUGGCUCUCAUGGCCAGGAUGGCUCAAUCCUUAACUCAGAUGGGCUGGGUUCCGGAUCUCAGGGCUCGGUCUCCUCCCCAUCUGGAGGCCGAGUGCCCCAAGCCAACUCCCCAGAUGAUGGGGAGCGUCGCUUCAAGUGUGGAGAGUGUGGAAAAAGCUACCGUCAUGCGGGGAGCCUGGUCAACCACAAACGCUCACAUCAGACAGGUCACUACCAGUGUACCAUCUGCUGUAAGCAGUACCCUCACCUGGCAGCACUGCACAGCCAUCUGCGCAGCCACAAGGGCCGCCCCUCUAACCAGCCCAUUAAUAACGACAGCAAUGACUGGCUAUCCUCAGAGCCACUUACCCUGGACUCCCAGCAGAGCUAUGUACAGGAGGGUAACCUCGGUGACGCCGCCCACUUUGUCCCAGAUGGUGGUCACAGCAGCGGACUGGAUUCCCUGGAGUUCCAUGAUCGCUUUGAUGGCAACUCAUUGUCCCAAAGCAACUCAGCCCACCGACAGGCAGACAGGCACAUGUGUGCCGACUGUGGUGAGAUGUAUGGCGACAUAUCUGGCAUUAAGUCACAUAUGUGUCCCCGGCGUGGCCAGCAGCAGCAGCAGCAGCAGGGAAACAUGUCCAACGGUUUCAUGGGGAACAUGAACUACCACAGCCCAAGUGGAACCUCGCUGCCCUCAGGGGGAUCCAGCAGCCUGAAGGACAGCAGCAACCAACGCCAGUACUCCCAAAGUGGUGGCAAGAGAAUAGGAAACAAAGACGAGGAGGAUGAUGGAGAGGUCUACCAAUGCUCAGUGUGUGGCAACCACUAUGCCAGCCUCAGGGCUCUCAGGAGCCACCUGCGCAGUCACGCCAACAACCCCACUGGGCCUGGACCCUCUAACCUGGGGCAGGACUGGAGAAUGAUCUGCUCUACCUGUGGCCAGAGCUUCUCUAGGAAGCAGGACCUCCUUAAUCACCAGCUAGUCCAUGGUCCCCAAAGACCAGAUGGGCAGUCCCAGGGCUUGGGAGCCAACUCUACUAAUGGCAAUGAAAAAAUGGAUGGCCGUAACCACAUCUGUGUUGACUGUGGCAUGUUUUUCGCCGAUCGGCACCACUUGAUCACACAUCUGUGCCCUGGAAAGAACAGGGCUGGCAGCAUGAGUAAGCAGGGCCUGAACGGAGCCAAAGGGAUGUCCGGAGGAGACGGUGUUAGUGGAGGAGUCGCUGGGGGAAGCCGUGAUGUUGGAGGUGAUGGGCGUAGGCCCAUGGGCGACCAGAGUGACAGGCCCCACAAGUGUGACCAGUGCGGGAGAGGAUAUAGGCACCCUUGCUCCCUUCUCAACCAUAAGAAGUCACAUAAGACAGGUGUCUUCCGCUGCUUGGUGUGCCAGAAACGCUACUAUAAUCUGCUGGCACUCAAGAAUCACCAAAGGACUCACUUUGACCUGAAGAGGCACAAGUGUGAAGAGUGCGGAAAGGCCUUCAAGAUUCAAAAGCAGCUGAUCAAUCACCUGCGUCUUCAUGAAGAGCACCGAGCCAAAGGUCUUGUCCGCACCGGCCCCAACGGUUCCCGCUUCCAGCAGCCUGGUCCAUCUCAGAUGACGACUAUGAGAGCAGAACCCUCCAAGGGACAAGGGGUGGGGGUUAAAUAUGCCCACCAAGGCUUUAAGAAGCCUUAUUCCUCAGCUGGAACCUCCAGGCCUCAGAAAUUUGACCCAUCCGAGGGUGGGCACCGGCCGUUUGCCUGUGACGAAUGUGGAAAGACCUACCGUCAUGCAGGCAGCCUGGCCAACCACAAGAACCUUCACAAAAUUGGGGAGUAUCACUGCAAUGUUUGCAACUCCACCUAUCCCAAUCGGCUGGCUAUGAAGAACCAUCUGCGUCUACACUUUGCCCAAAAGAAGCACAACUGUCAGGAGUGUGGAAAGGGCUUUCGUACUCAGAAGCAGCUUGCUACCCACACCACAGCUGGCCUUUGCAAGGGCCCACAGGGCCCUGGGGCCCAGAUGGAUUUCGAGUGCGAUGGCUGCUGUGAAGGCUUUGCCACAUCUGAUGAACUUACGGCUCAUGACUGCCCGGCUCAGCACCUGCCUUCCUCCUCUGCCUCAGUCAACAGCUCCAACCUCAGCAUGGAGGGCCGCAGUGUGGAUAUGGACUCGGAUGAAAGGCCUUAUGCUUGCGAUCUGUGCAGCUGUGCCUACAAGCACGCCAGCUCUCUGCUGAACCACAAGCACACCCAUAAGACAGGCGAUUUCAGGUGCAACUUCUGUGACAAGCCCUACACCAACUACAUGGCGCUGCGCAACCACAUGCGUAUCCACACGCAACGGAAGAAGCACAUCUGCCAUACAUGCGGGAAAGCCUUCCGGCUGGCUAGGUUCCUCCGUAACCACCAGAAGGUCCACGAGGAGGGUGCUACCCCUUUUGGCUGCCCUAGCUGUGGGAAGAGCUUCCAGGGGAGGUCCGGCCUGGCUAGGCACCGCUGUGGGGACAACCAGGUAGGCAUGGAGGGCAGAAGGAAGGCCGCAGCACCCACAGGAGAGGGCGAAGAGUGUCGGUACACAUGUGAUCAGUGCGGACGCUCCUACCGUCAUGCCAGCUCCCUUCUCAACCACAAGAACACCCACACUGUCGGCAUCUACCACUGCGCUGUCUGCCUCAAGACCUACUCCAACCUGCUCGCCCUCAAGAAUCACCGUCGCAUCCACUCCGAAACACGCCGCCACCGCUGCCACGAUUGUGGCAAGGCCUUCCGUGUUUCGUCUCAGCUCUACAACCACCGCCGCGUUCACCAGAAGCAGCGGGAGCUGACCUGCCGGUCCUGCCAGCGCGCCUUUCCCACACAGGCCAGCUUCAGGCUCCACAUGGAGAUUAGCCAUGGCCAGGCACCCCAGCCCCGCCAGCCCAGACCCCAGCAGCCCCGUCCAGGGAGCUCCCAGGAGCUGGGCUGGGGUUCGGGCCUUGACCUUACCCUGAUGCAGGCGCAAGGCCUUGAUCCCAAUGGCGUGGCCAAAGCCAGUGGCCGCGGGGGGAAUGGUGGGGUCAAGUCCCAUGUGUGUGACCAGUGUGGCCGUGCCUACCGCCAUGCCAGCUCCCUUCUGAACCACAAGAACAGCCACAAGACGGGUACCUACUUCUGCAACUCCUGCCAGAAGGAGUUCCCCAACCUGAUGUCCCUCAAGAACCACCGUCGUAUCCACACCGAGCCCAAGCGCUACCAGUGUCCUGACUGUGGCAAGUCAUUCCGAGUCUCCACACAGCUCAUCUGCCACCGGCGCAUCCACACCAAGGAGAAGCCCUUCUCCUGCCAGCAGUGUGACAAGCGGUUCUCCUCCAAGUCCAACCUGAGGCACCACAUGAAGGUGCAUUGGAGCAGCUCGACGGCGCCCCCUUCCAUGGCCAUGGGCGCGCCCAACUUCCUGGAUUUGAGCCCGGUGGGUUCAACAAGCAGCACCAAGAGAUAUAUGUGCAACCAGUGUGGCCGCACCUACCGCCAUGCCAGCUCCCUUCUGAACCACAAGAACAGCCACAAGACGGGCACCUACUUCUGCAACUCCUGCCAGAAAGAGUUCCCCAACCUGAUGUCCCUCAAGAACCAUCGUCGCAUCCACACCGAGCCCAAGCGCUACCAGUGUCCUGACUGUGGCAAGUCAUUCCGAGUCUCCACUGCGCUGGUCUGCCACAGGCGCAUCCACACCAAGGAGAAACCCUUCCCCUGUCAGCACUGCGACAAACGGUUCUCCUCCAGGUCCAACCUGAGGCACCACAUGAAGGUCCACUGGAGCAGCCGGCCUCUGUCCAGGGGCUCCUCGUCCGCCUUCCUCACCAUUCCUUCACGAACCUUGGCUCUACCUUAAAGAUAUA